AUGGAUUCAGAGGAAAAAGUGAAUCCAAGAAAGAAAUUCAAGUAUUUGAAAGAUCAAGUCUCUGCAGCAACCCUGCAAGCAGUAAAAGCGAUGGGCUUUAAAAUAAUGACUGAUAUUCAAGCUGAGGUUUUACCUGAAGCUUUAGAUGGGGCAGAUGUAGUAGCCACAGCUAAGACAGGCUCCGGAAAAACAUUGGCCUUUUUAAUUCCAGCUGUAGAAACUGUUAUCAAGUGUAAGGAAAAACAGAUUCAAGGUACAUGCUGUAUAGUCAUAUCACCAACUAGGGAACUGGCUAUACAGACCUACACUGUGUUGCAAGAAAUUCUGUUACACCAUGAAACUAUCACAUCAGCUCUAGUUAUUGGGGGAGAAAGUAGAAAGAAACAAAGUGCAGAGCUAGCUACAGGAGUACACAUUGUGGUGGCGACACCUGGCCGGUUAUUUGAUCAUAUGAGAACAAAAGAGUUUGAUUAUAGAAAUGUAUGUUGCCUAGUACUGGAUGAAGCAGACAAAAUAUUUCAGUAUGGUUUUGAAGAGGAUUUGAAGCAAAUUAUUGACCGAUUGCCAAAACACAGACAGACCAUGUUAUUUAGUGCUACCCAAUCAGAAAGAACCGAUGCUUUAAUUAAAUCUGCGAUGAAGGAAAAGGUUCACAAUAUAAAUACCGAUGAGGAUAAUCUCAUGGCUACUGUUGAAGGGCUGAAGCAAGGGUAUGCUGUAUGUGAAACAGAGUAUAGACUAUGGUGGUUACAUAAAUUACUGAAGAAAACUCGCAACUUUAAAGUAAUGGUGUUCUUUUCAAGCUGCAAGUCAGUUGAGUUUCACCAUGAAUUUUUCAGCAAGUACUGUGAAGCUUCCGUUUCGUGUAUUCAUGGUAAAAUGAGUCAAGCAGAUAGAACAGAUGUAAUAACGAAUUUCUACAAUGCUGAAAAAGUAGCAUUAUUUUGCACAGAUUUAGCAGCUAGAGGGUUGGAUAUACCGGCCGUUGAUUGGAUAGUACAAUUCGAUCCACCAUCUGACGCAAAUGAGUACAUUCAUAGGGUAGGCAGAACUGCUAGAGGCAUGGGAGCAGAAGGAAAUGCUGUUAUUUUGUUGCGACCAGACGAAAUUGAAUUUGUUUCGUAUUUGAAAGAAUCUAAAAUAUAUUUAGAUAAAUAUGAGUCGUGGGAUAAGUUUGCUAAUUUACAGCCUAAGCUUGAUGCUGCUAUGUCAGACCCACAGUUUCACGAGUUAGCUGUGGAAGCUUUUCAAGGCUACAUGAGGGCGUUUGAAGUAAAGAAACUAAAACAUAUAUUUAAUUUAAUAACAAUGGAUGUUGAUGCCGUAGCCAGAUCUUUCGGUCUAAAAGAACGACCAGAUGUUGACGUUCGAAUAGGAUUCAGUAAAAAACAUAGACCCAGAAAAAGAAUGGCAGCUUUGCUUGCAGAACAGUCAGGUGGGAAUACCAAACGAACAAAAUAA